CUGCUAGUAAAAGACCACGACGUAAUGAAAUGGAAAAAGAAAACAAUAAAAUUAAACGUCAAUGUGAUGUCACAAUUGAUCAAUUAGAGCUGUAAAUGAAAAACUUUUUAAUGGAUUAUUUAAGAAAAAGUGAGCAAAUGAAUCCGAUUCAAUGGCUAUAUUUGAGCAACAGACAUCCAAUAAAGUUUUAUUAGAUGAUACCGAACCGUUAAAAUGCGUAAUUGAACAUUGGAAGAACGUCAAUGGACACACUGAAUUCAUAUUAAAAGUUUACAGAGGACCGUUUUCAGACCAAACUUGGAAGGUUAGCAAAAGGUACAACGAUUUUUGUAAACUACAUAAUGUGCUGCAAUGUUCCGGAAUACCUUUGGAGUUACCUCCAAAAAAGUACAUUGGAAAUAUGGAUCCGCAUUUUAUUGGUGAAAGACAACAAGCUUUGCAGAAAUAUCUAGACAGCAUCUUCAUGAAUCCAAUAUUAGUGUCUUCGCUUCCCGCUAGAUCAUUCGUUGAUCCGGCGAAUUAUUGCCAACCAUUUGGAGAAUUGGCGCUUCAACAUGUAUCCCUCGCUUUGAGAGGCGAAGUCGGCUGGGAAGUAAUAGGCCCCAUAAACGACAUCGGCUGGCGUUUACGUAAACACUACUACGAUCUGAAAUGCAAAUCUCUACCGAAAGAUGAAAUAUUCGGCAGUUGGACGGACUACGGGCCCGACAAGUAUUUGGACGAUAAGGAAAUGCACGCUGUGUUUAAAAGUCUCGGUCAGAUACAGCAUCCUUAUAUACAGCCUAUUGAAUUGUGCUUGUGCACUGAUAUCGGAGCGCUGGUGGCUCGGAUAUCGCACAAAAACGGAACCCUGAGGGAUCUUCUAUCGGGCGCCAAACCCCGACAAUCGUUUCUGAAAAAAUACGGAAAUCCAAAAGGCCAUAAAACUUUAGCGCCCAAUCAAAUAGCCCUGUACGGUCGUCAGAUAUUAGAGGCGUUGAAGUUUCUACACGACAAGGGAAUUCCUUAUGGUCAUUUACAUUCUGGAAACAUCAUCAUCGAGCACGAUCGCGUGAAAUUGCUGGACAUUGAAAACGGGAUACUGGGAGUGCCUUCCUUUUAUCGACCGUACUUCAUGCAACAUAAAAAAAUUAACAAUUUAGACUCUGUCGAUGUUUACUGCUUCGGACACGUAUUGUACGAGAUGGCGUUCGGCAGCCCUUUACACGAAAGCGUCGCCGAUAACAUACAAACUUGCCCUAUAAAAAACAUUUUGAAUCGCAUCCUGUCGCCGGAAGCCUGCAAAAACGGACUGCCCACCAUAGCGGACCUUCUCUCCGAUCAGUUCUUCUCCGGCGUCCACUUGACGCUCCUGCCCACUGACAAGGCCCAUCUCAAACUGCCCGCCUCCGUCAAAGAACAGCUGAAGAAGACCGUGGACAAGAUAGAGGGGAGAUUGAAAGAGGAGCAAAAGAUGAUCAGGAGCCAAAAGCGGCUGGUCAAAGUGCAGGAGAUGAUGAGCUGCGAAGAGGAGAAGAAGAAAAUCGUCAGGCAUAAACUCGAACGUUUAGCAAGAGAGCAACAAAAGCAAACCAGACGGUUGGAAAAAGCUAAUAGCAUUAAUGGAGAACGAUCGGAAAGCGUGAAUAGCAGCGCGGCUACUUCAAUUGGUACCGCCACUCCUCCAUCUACGACAGGUUCUAAUGUUCCAUCGCCGCCUCCACCGCCGCCACCGCCUCCUCCUCCUCCUCUGGAGGGUAAUGUGGCGCCCGCGCCGCCCUCGGUGAACGGGUCGGGGGCGCCAGCCGCCGUUGGUGGGGCUGACAAGGGGCGAUCUGAGCUGUUGGGCGCCAUUUGCAACUUCAACAAGGGUUCGUUGCGUAAAACCAAAGUUUCUUGAAUACAAAGGAGAUCGUCCGGUAUUAUAGUAAGUUUAAGCUCUAUUUGUGAUAUAACAAAAUGAAAUAAUUUGUGUCGUAUGUGUGUUAAGUUUUCGUUUGUGGAUUUGUUGUUACGGGGGCUUCGGUUUGUUUCUCUAAAUUUAUUCACGAAUUGUUGUGGUAAGGCGUUCGUGUGUACGAAUUGUUUUUGGUUAUUGUUUGGGUCGAAAGGAAAGAUUUUUCAAUCGAACGCAGAUAUGCGAAUUUUGUUCGAAGCCCUGUAAAAUAUACGAUAUUUUUAAAUUUUAGUAAUUUGAAUGUUGUAAAAAUGUGAGCGAUAUCUUGUUGGUUAUUUGAAAGUAUAAUUGUAUUGGAUUUGGAUUUUAACACUUCAAUUCAAAAAAAAUCUUUACCUCAUUAAUUAUUAUUUCAUCUAUAUUCUUAAUCUUACAAACUGUUUUCAUAGUUGGUCUUGUAAACAAACCAAAACUGACUACGUAUACUAACAUUCCUAAAAUUACUCUAUCAUUAUUAAAACUCAAUCAAAAUAUAUUAACAUACAUUGAAGCGACUGACUAACUCAUAAUUUACCUGUUAUUCUUUAAUCGAGCGUUAUGUUUAAUUUUUGUGGUAAUAAUUAUGCAAAAAAAUCACAAAUUUAAUGGAGAUAUUUUUGAAAACUUAUUUGAGUUACCCACUACAAAUUCCGUUUGGACUUUUGCGCGACGUGAUUCGGGCACUAAGAAUUACAAUUUUUUAUUGAAAAGGGGCCACUUGUAGAUUUAUAUAAAAGCACUGCUAUACGUAGGAAAAUGUGUCAUUGUUAGAAAUUUUAGAAAAUGCCAAUGUAUUUUAUAAGCAUCAUACUGAUAUUGUAUCAUGAGUGUAUAAUAUUAGUAACGUUUUUUUAUUGUAAAUAUUAACCAAUUUUUAAUUUUGCCUUAUUUUGUUAUUUAUUACGAAAUUGUUUUUAAUUUUCCCUAAAAAUUUUAUUAGCUGUUUUUGCAGUUAUAUAUUCAUUCUAGGUAAACAAUAUUUUUUUGUUAACUAGAAAUUUAAUAUUUUUUCUCAUGCAUUCAAAUUUUUGUUGUACUCAGAAUCACCAUUGACCAACUAAUCCAAUUUGUAAAGUUUUUUGUAUGUCGUGCCAAAUUUUUCUACUGAAAAAUUACCUUAGUCAAGUGUUUAACUAAAAGGUCUGAUAUAAUAGUAAAAGGGCCUGUAGGGAGUUCUAAAUGAGAAUUUACUUGAAAUUUUUAUUACUUCUUGAUGGAACGCCCUGCAUGGGAUUUUCGCAUUUUAAGGUUUUAUAAAAAUAAAUCAAGAAAUGCGAAUUCUUAAAAUGUUUGUAUUCAAGAAGGUUCUUUUAGCUCUAGGAAACGAUGAAUUUUUUUCAAAUAGUUUCCUACAAUUAAAAGGAAUGAUCCAUUUAUAAGACUCCUUCUUUGUAAUAGUUUAACUGUAUUUAUGAAAUAUUAAUAUAAUAUACUUAAUGUUCGAAUAAACAGAAUAGCUCUCCC